AUGGCCAAGGAAUUCGCUAGAGCCGAACACGGAUUCCGCAAUACUGGGUUCGAAAAAUUGGAGGUAGACGAUGGUCACCAAACCCUAGAGAAGCCACCAACGCAAACGGCUGUGGUUGCUGCGUUGACAUUCGGGCUCUGUCUUGUGUCUUUUGCAGCGGCGAUUGACAACACCAUCCUCGCAACUGCCAUACCACGAAUCACCUCCGACUUUGCCUCCCUUGACAGCUCAGGAUGGUAUCGCAAUGCAUCGUUGGUCGUUUCCACGGCUCUGCAGCUGCCGCUCGGCAAGGUCUACACGCUAUUCAACGUGAACUGGACCUACUUAGCCAGCGUCGUCAUUUUCGAGAUUGGUUCAGUCAUGUGCGCUGUCGCCCCCAAUUCCAGCACCUUCAUCGCAGGCCGCAUCGUAUCGGGCGUGGGAACAUCGGCGCUCUAUUCCGGAGCCAUCAACAUCCUAGGCCUAUACGCGCCCGAGCAAAUUCGCCCUGCCUUGUUUGGCAUUGUUACCAGCAUGGUUGGGGUCGCCUCCUUGGUUGGACCGCCUUUGGGGGGUGCCUUUACAGAUUCCCCUCGGACGACGUGGAGAUGGUGUUUCUGGAUCAACCUUCCCAUUGGCGCUGUGGCCGGUGGAUGCAUUUUUGCAUCAAUACGAGCCUCGCGUGCUCGUCGCCUGGCAAAUAAUAAGGAACACGAAAAUAACUCGCAAAUGUCAGCACCAAUUUUACUAAAGCGAAAGUUGUUCAAGUUGGAUCCUUUGGGCACUCUGCUCCUAAUCCCAGCUGUGGCCAGCCUUCUCAUCGCCCUGCAAUGGGGCGGAACCACAUAUGAUUGGAAGGAUGGACGCGUCUGGGGCUGCCUGCUCUGCUCUGGACUCAUCCUCAUCGCAUUCGUCGCGGUUGAAAUGAGACUGGGGAACGAUGCUAUAAUCCCCCCUCAGCUUGUCGUCCGCCGCUCUGUGCCGGCUGGAGUGCUUUUCAUCGCUGCACUCUCCGCCGCCAUGUACACACACGUCUUCUUCCUGCCGUUUUACUUCCAGGGAGUCCUGGGGCUAAGCGCCACGGACUCGGGCCUCCGCACCAUGGCCUACGUCGGGACCAUGGCGCUCAGCGGCAUCUUUGCCGGCGGGGCCAUGUCGUCGGCUAAGGGGGGCUGGGUUUCGAAGCACAAGCCGUACGCCUGGUUCGGCGCGUCACUCUUUGCCGCCGCCGCGGGGCUGCUGCACACUCUUGCUCCCGAUUCCGCCACCGCAAAGAUGGUGGGCUAUCAACUGCUGGCGGGAGUUGGGCUCGGCGUCGGGUGGCAGGUUCCUUUCGUCGCCAUCCAGCGGGACAAAACCCUUGGCCAGAUCCCCGGCGAUGUCCAAGCCAUCGCCAACGCCCUCGUUGCCUUUUCUACCUCUUUUGGAGCUGCGCUGGGCAUCGCCGUCGCUCAAAACAUUUUUUCGGUGAGGCUGGCUCAGGGUUUGAGUAUGAUCCCAGGCGUGACCCCUGAGCAAGUCGACUUGAUUAUUGAUGGUGGUUUGGUGACGGGUUUUAGAGAUUCCAACGUUUUCAACGAUAGAUUGGUGGCUUCAAUUGCGAAGACUCUCAGCGACUCAAUUAGUGCUACGUUUAUAUUUCCUAUCGUUGUCGGCACGCUGGCUGCUUUUUUUGGUCUUAUUUUCCCAUAG